AUUACACCACGGAAGAAAAGACCAACGUCAAUGAUCAGACGUGGCAAUGCCAUAGGAAAAUUAUAAUAUUGUAACUUGUAUUUUGUCUUGUCUGAAUUUUUAAUUUCAAACUGAAUUGUGAGUCGCCAGGCUUGCUCAUUAAACAUGUCAUUACUUUGACCUUUGGUCUCAUGAAAGAUCCUCUGGCUAUAGCUCAUGAAAAAUUUCUAAGUAAUUAGUUUAUUGCAUGCAAAGCAUCAAUUCUUACUAAUAGAUGAACCAAACAUGAGUGCAGGAAAAGGGGAAGUUAUAAAUUGUUCAGAGGAGCAGAAUGAAGACCUAUUUCAUAGUGUUCUUGGAGGGCUUGGUCAGUUUGGCAUCAUAACCCGGGCAAGAAUAUCGUUGGAAGCAGCACCUGCAAGGGUAAAAUGGAUUAGAGUCCUGUAUUCAGAUUUUGCAGCCUUUACCCAAGAUCAGGAGCAUCUAAUAUCUUCAGAAAAUACAUUUGACUACGUUGAGGGAUUUGUGAUAAUAAACCGGACCGGUCUGCUAAACAACUGGAGAUCAUCCUUCAAUUCAAAGGACCCAGUUCAGGCCAGCCAGUUCAAGUCAGAUGGAAAAACCCUCUUCUGCCUAGAAUUGGCCAAAUACUUCAACCUGGACAAGACUGACUUAAUAAAUGAGGAAGUUGAGAACUACUUGUCUCGGUUAAGCUAUAUCCGUUCAACGCUGUUCAUGUCAGAAGUAGCAUACAUAGAUUUCUUGGACAGGGUACAUGUGUCUGAGAUCAAAUUACGAUCAAAAGAUUUGUGGGACGUUCCACACCCAUGGCUCAAUCUUCUAAUACCAAAAAGCAAAAUUCACACUUUUGCUGAAGAAGUCUUUGGCAGUAUCCUUACAGCAACAAGCAACGGCCCCAUCCUCAUCUAUCCAGUCAACAGAUCAAAGUGGGGCAACAGAACUUCCGUAGUUAUACCGGAGGAACAUAUUUUCUACUUAGUGGCAUUCCUUACAUCUGCUGUUCCCUCUUCAACUGGAACUGACGGAUUAGAACACAUCUUAACUCAGAACAAAAGAAUUCUAGAAUUCUGUGAAACAGCCCAUCUUGGGGUCAAGCAAUAUCUACCCCAUUACACUACAAAGAAAGAAUGGCAGGCCCACUUUGGCCCACGCUGGGAAGCUUUUGUGCAGAGAAAAUCUGCUUACGACCCUCUGGCAAUACUUGCUCCUGGACAAAGAAUAUUUCAAAAGGCAAUACCCUUCUCAUGACAGUUGCCACGUGCUAUAUUACAAAAGAAGAGGCCCUAAAGUCAUGUGGGAAUUUACCUUAACCAAAAAGGUUAUGAGCUACUUUUGUAUUCACGAGCCUUCUCAUAUAAAUUAUGUGUCCUAGGAAGACUGAAAGGGCGUUAAGAGAAAGGGUAAAAUAUUUUAAUACAAACUGUAAAUCAUAGGUGUAAAGGGACUGGAGGAAAACCAGCCCUACAGAGGAUGUAAAUACUAAUUUUUGUAAAAUAUGGCUGAAUAAUCUAUUUCAUGAAUCCAGUUUAAAAAA